AAAAUGGGGUAUCACCAUGUUGCCGAGGCUGGUCUCAAACUCUGGAGCUCCAGUGAUCCUCCCAGUUAAACCUCCCAAAGCGCUGGGAUUAUGGCAUGAGCUGCUGCACCCGGCCAGCUUUUACCUACAUUUAGUUACAAGUCUUCUUUUCUUUUUUUACCCAAGUGAUUUAAUUGUGAAAAAUAAGUCAAAGUAUUCUAGCAACAUAGUACUAAAACCACUGUGUCUGUCAAGGUUUGCAAUUUAUUUGUCUACAGUUAUUAUUUGUGUGGAAGUUCCUUAGCGUGUGUGUGAACAACAUGCAGAAGAAAGCCAGGAUUCUGUCCAGCUUUGGAUUCUGCCAUUUGUUAGUUCAGCUUCUGUUGAAUUAUAAAUGAUGAUUGUUCCAAUGACUCUUUUCUGUUAUGCAGUUUCUGAACCAGGAAGCUACCUGCUACCUGUUCCUGACAAUAGUAUUCACACAGGGGGAAUUGUGAUUUUACUAUAAUGCUUCUUUUAAGAAGACUUCUGUUAACAUUUAACAGAAUGCUGAUAUUUAAAUGUUUAUCCUGUACUUUGACACUUGGGAAAUCAAGUAUGUCAUAUAGGAGAGUAUUCCCUGGCUUUUAGUAAAUGUUUACCACAAGCAGUUUGGUCAUUUACAGUGAAUACCCUCUCAUAAUCAUGGCUGUUGUACAGCUGUUGCACUGUCUCAGCUUGAAAGACUGAACGUGGACAUUCAUUGAAGAUCAGAAUAAUGUAGCUUAGGGACAAAGCCAAAAAGAUUGCUUUGGUCAUUUUUUUUUUUUUGAAUGGAAAAGCAAAGACAGUAUUAUUGGGUCUGUUUCCUGUUAUCUAAUCAGUUUUAAGAGUUCCAGGUAGAAAUAAGACAUAUAAGUCAAGGCUUAAGAAUAAUAAAUAAGACAGUAGAGGAAACAUAUUCCAGUCUUGUGGAUCUUUCCUGGCCUACGGCAGAGAACCAAAUUGUUUACCAGCAAGCGAAUGACUCGGAACAAAAAUCUGCCCGUGCCAUGGGUUCACAGUGGAGAGGAUUGAUGCCACACCACUCUGGGGGUGCAUCGCACAACAUGGGACAGUCACCAUGGGAGAGGAGGAUUGAGUCUGGUGGUUUACACCACGCCACUGUGGAGCCUCCUCACUGGCAACGUGGGGCCCAGAAAACUAAUGAGAACACGUGUGGAGAGUGUUUCAAAUUGCCUACCACUUGUGAGCUGUAACUAAAGGACAGCUCUUACUCUUUUUAAGAGGCUCAACCUGGUACAGUUGUUAAGAUGUGUAGGAAGAAUGAUGAUGGAGACACAGCUGUUGUGGUUGAGAAAGACCAUUUCAUGGAGGAUUUCUUCCAUCAGGUUGAGGAGAUUAGAAACAGUAUUGAUAAAAUAACUCAAUAUGUUGAAGAAGUAAAGAAAAACCACAGCAUCAUUCUUUCUGCACCAAACCCAGAAGGAAAAAUAAAAGAAGAGCUUGAAGAUCUGAACAAAGAAAUCAAGAAAACUGCAAAUAAAAUUCGAGCCAAGUUAAAGGCUAUUGAACAAAGUUUUGAUCAGGAUGAGAGUGGGAACCGGACUUCAGUGGAUCUUCGGAUACGAAGAACCCAGCAUUCGGUGCUGUCUCGGAAGUUUGUGGAAGCCAUGGCGGAGUACAAUGAGGCACAGACUCUGUUUCGGGAGCGGAGCAAGGGCCGCAUCCAGCGCCAGCUGGAGAUAACUGGGAGAACCACCACAGACGACGAGCUGGAAGAGAUGCUGGAGAGCGGAAAGCCGUCCAUCUUCACUUCCGAUAUUAUUUCAGAUUCACAAAUUACUAGACAAGCUCUCAAUGAAAUCGAGUCACGUCACAAGGACAUCAUGAAGCUGGAGACCAGCAUCAGAGAGCUGCAUGAGAUGUUCAUGGACAUGGCUAUGUUUGUGGAGACUCAGGGUGAAAUGAUCAACAACAUAGAAAGAAACGUUAUGAAUGCCACAGACUACGUAGAACACGCUAAAGAAGAAACAAAAAAAGCUAUCAAAUAUCAGAGCAAGGCGAGAAGGAAAAAGUGGAUAAUUAUUGCUGUGUCAGUGGUUCUGGUUGCCAUAAUCGCUCUAAUUAUUGGCUUGUCAGUUGGCAAAUGAUGGUGUGGAUAACGUCAGUGUGCAUGCCUCUCUGCCAGGGUGGGAAAAAUGAUGUUCAUUAUUAUUUGUGUAAUUAUUUUGCUUGUGAUCCUUGGAAUUAUCCUAGCAACAACAUUGUCAUAGCUACCAUAUCCCAAGAGCCAUUUAUUCUUGGAGACUCAGACCACAUCUGCAACCAGAUCAGCAUCCUGUCAUUUCGUGAAUGAAUCUCAGACGCUGUAACCCGGCAUUGAGUACUGACCUUUUAAUUUAUGAAUUCGUGGUAGAAGCACAACCAAACGUCUUGUUCAGUGAAAGCGCCGUAAGCACAGUGGGUGUGGUGCGUGACCCUGCAUGACACACUACGGAAUGUGAGCAGUGGGAGACUUCUCUCACUGGCCUUGAAAUAAGAGAAUAUUGAACAUUUUAAUAUUAAAAAUAUUUCAGUGUUACAAAUGUGCAUGAAGUUUAAUUAGGAAGGAAUGCUUUAUGUUAUAAAGCUUUUUUUUUAAUUUUUUGAGAUGGAGUCUCGCUUUGUCACCUAGGCUGGAGUGCAGUGGUGCGCUCUUGGCUCACUGCAGCCUCCACCUCCUGGGUUCAAGCAAUUCUCCUGUCUCAGCCUCAGAGUAGCUGGGAUUACAGGCACGUGCCACCACGCCCAGCUAAUUUUUUGUAUUUUUUUUUUUAGUAGAGACGGGGUUUUACCAUGCUGGCCAGGCUGGUCUCAAACUCCUGACCUCGUGAUCCACCUGCCUCAGCCUCCCAAAGUGCUGGGAUUACAGGCGUGAGCCACCACGCCCGGCCGUUCUGAAGCUUUUGGACCUCAGGUCUAAGGCUUCCUUUCCCCCCUCCCAGCUAGUAUGUGCUAAUUACGAGGCCUUUUAUACUGUUGUGUUUAUUUCCUGUUGGAAGAAAUAAUUUUUAUCACAGGUUUUUGUAAGAUAUCUAUAAUUUUAAAUGUUGAUAAAUUGUUUAAUAUAUUAGCAUCUUACCCCAUUUUUAUAUACUGAGUGUGGCCUUUUGAGUGAAACAGGAAGCUUCAUGGUGUUGGAGCCACCUUUUACCAUUGUUUACAAAGUUUCCCCUUGUCACAGAAAACAUUGGUUGCAAAGCCCCUCAAAGCCCCUCAAAGCCCCUCAAGUGCCUUCUGUGAGUUUAGAUGUGCUGGUGCCUCCGGAAAAGCCUCGGCCUCAGCUCCAUUUCCGCCUCUUCCCUCCCUGGGAUAGUGAACGGUUACUUGGUUACUGCACUGUAAAGACCAUGGUCUCUUUUCACUAAAUAAGAGAUUCGAGUUUCCCAGUUUACAUGAAUGAAGUUUGAAUUUAAGAAGGUGGCGAAACCGAGGUUCAGUACUCUGGGGACUCGAGGGAAUCAUUCCUGAGACAUGGAGUAAUUCUUAUCAAUUUAAACUGUUGUACAGAUCACGUACUUGUUGUUAAGCACCUAAUGUUUUGCUGAACUUUAAAGUUAAUUUCCCAAAUGUGUAGGAAUUCAUGAUAAUUAAACCGUUUUAUUGUUCAUUUUUUUUAGUAGAAGAACAUGACUUAUUUUUAGACUUGUAAAAUGUAUGAACUGGUGAAUGGACAUCUGUUAAGAGAGUAACUGGUCAGAAUUUUAAAGGAGUGCAUGAAGGAUGCCCCAAAUAUCAUUAACUCUUGUGACUCCUGUAUGUGAUGGUAUAAGCAUGUGACUUUUAACACUGUUUGGUUUGAAACUAAUGUACAGAUGCCUGAUUCCAAACAGUAGGUGUGGAGAAUAUUGAACAGCUUAAAAGCCGCGUCCCUUACUGAACGCAAUUCCGAAUCUCCCUCAUCCGUGACGCGUCCGCUGAUCACUCGAUGGUGGUCACUGUGUGGCAGAGUUGUUAGGGGAAUUCUGCCUCUGACUGUUUUUUUUCUUUUGGUCUUUAAACACCCUGUCGUGGGAUGUGCUCACUGCUUUGUGGCUUCGUUGAGGGUAUCACUUGUCUUGCGGGUUUUCAAUAUUUCAGGAUCACGCUGGUGGCGGCAGGACUCCACGCCUGCGUGGAAUCACGUCCACGGGGGACCUGCCUCCCGUGAUGUCCCACUUUUCCUUCAAGCUCUGUCAUAUGAGUCCUCCCCUUUUACAACACUUAUUAUGGUAUUUUUCAAGUUAUUCAUCUUAGAUUUGCAGUACCUGCUGACAUUUGUGUUUUUAUAGUUGAAGUUAUGAAAAUGCUAUUUGAUUUGUAUUUAGAUAUUGAAGUCACUUGUCCAAUGACGUGUAUGUUUAAGCCUCAUGUACAGAUUUGAAGUCAGACUUAAAAAUGUAUUUACAGAUUCACUUGUGACUUUUUAAUCAGUUCUUCAAAUAUGUCAUGUUUACAUUAAAAAUUUCCAGAGAAGCAUAAAAGUAUUCACUUCCUGCUUUGUCAUUUCUGGAAAGAUUUUGGGGAGAUAUUUUAUUGCAUAUUCAUUAAUAAAUUGUUCUACUAGGAAAA